GGAGUUUUUUAACCACUUCCAGUCCGGACACUUUCACCCCUUCCUGACCAGGGCAAUUUUCAGCUUUCAGCGCUAUCACACUUUGAAUGACAAUUGCGCGGUCUUAAAGUGACACUAAGUUCUCCUUAUUCUCCAGCAAUGGUCCAUACACUGCUGCUUAACCACUUCCAGUCCGGACACUUUCACCCCCUUCCUGUCCAGGCCAAUUUUCAGCUUUCAGCGCUAUCGCACUUUGAAUGCCAAUUGCGGGGUCAUGCAACACUGUACCCAUAUGAAUUUUUUUAGCAUUUGUUUGA